AUGGCUGGCCAACAAGGACAUGCCGCUCAAGGCCAGCACGCGCACAACGCGCACAACGCAGGCUACCCAUACAGUCACCCAUACUAUGGCAGCCCCUACUACGCUAACUACGUGAACCAAUUCGGUGGUUAUGGUCAGGGAGGAGCCGGCUAUGGUUCGUUUGGAAAGGGUGGCAUGUACAAUCAGCCUCACUACGGCAUGUCUCCUCAGGCUUCAUUCGACCAGCACUCGUCGUCCCCCGCCAAUGCAGGCGGCUUCGGCGCUUCCUCUUUGCAUGAUCGCGGUAGCGGUAUGGGCGCAGGCUUCGGCGACUACGGCCGCUCAGCCUCUGGAGCUUCUCAGAACCCCAGCGCCACUGCCGGCGCUGCUGCAUUCGGCGCCAUUCCCGAUACCAUUACCCGACCAGGAAACUUCCACCAGAGCUCCUACGGACAGCAGGGUAGUCAAGGUUUCAACGAUGACGCCCUGAAGCCCUCCAACGAUUACAAGAGUGGCGGACCCAGCCCAGCGGCUCUUGGUGCUCAGCCUGGUCGCCCCGGCUCUGCCAACCAGAGCACUCCCGGACAGAGCGGUCCCCAACACUCCCAGCAAGGCUACGGUAACUACCCGAGCCACCUCGGAAACAGCCAGUACGGCGGUCUCGGUGGUCUAGGUCACCAGAACUCCGGCAACCACCAGCAGCAGAGUGGCUACGGCAACUACGGCGGCUUUGGCGGAGGAUAUGGCGGCGGCAGCUACAACCGCGGAGGUUGGGGCGGAAACUACGGCCAGCACUAG